GAAAAAGCGGCGCGGCUCGUUCAAGAUGGCGGAGCUCGACCAGUUGCCUGACGAGAGUGUACAACAUACUGAUUUGAUAUAUGUGAAAGGAUUGCCUCACCUGGGUUAGUUAACACCCAUCACCACACUUGGUUACAAAUUUUUUUCUUAUGGCUCUUCAGCAAAGGCCCUUGUCAGUUUAAAAGAGGGAAGCUUAUCUAACACAUGGAAUGAAAAGUACAGCUCUUUACAAAAAACACCUGUUUGGAAAGGCAGGAAUACGGGCUCUGCUGUGGAAAUGCCUUUCAGAAAUUCAAAGCGAAGUCGACUCUUUUCUGAUGAAGAUGACAGACAAAUAAAUACAAGGUCACCCAAAAGAAACCAAAGGGUUGCGAUGGUCCCACAGAAAUUUACAGCAACAAUGUCUACACCAGAUAAGAAAGCCUCACAGAAGAUUGGUUUUCGAUUACGUAACCUACUGAAGCUUCCCAAAGCACAUAAAUGGUGCAUAUACGAAUGGUUCUACUCAAAUAUAGAUAAACCACUCUUUGAAGGUGAUAAUGACUUCUGUGUAUGUCUGAAGGAAUCUUUUCCUAAUUUAAAAACAAGAAAGCUAACAAGAGUAGAAUGGGGAAAAAUCAGGCGACUUAUGGGAAAACCACGGAGAUGUUCUUCUGCAUUUUUUGAGGAAGAGAGAUCAGCAUUAAAACAGAAACGACAGAAAAUAAGGCUCUUGCAACAAAGGAAAGUUGCAGAUGUUUCCCAGUUCAAAGAUCUCCCAGAUGAAAUUCCUUUGCCUCUGGUUAUCGGGACCAAAGUUACAGCUCGAUUACGAGGUGUUCAUGAUGGUCUCUUCACUGGACAAAUAGAUGCGGUGGAUACUUUUAAUGCUACCUAUAGAGUAACUUUUGAUAGGGCAGGGCUUGGAACCCAUACCAUCCCUGACUAUGAAGUUCUUAGUAAUGAGCCUCACGAGACGAUGCCAAUUGCUGCCUUCGGACAAAAACAGCGGCCUUCUCGAUUCUUUAUGACUCCACCACGAUUACAUUAUACUCCUCCUCUCCAAUCACCGAUCACGGAUAAUGACCCUUUACUAGGACAGUCACCUUGGAGAAGUAAAAUUUCUGGCUCUGACACUGAAACAUUAGGUGGUUUUCCGGUAGAAUUCCUUAUCCAAGUGACCAAAUUAUCAAAAAUUCUCAUGAUUAAAAAGGAACAUAUCAAAAAAUUAAGGGAAAUGAACACAGAAGCAGAAAAAUUGAAAUCCUAUUCCAUGCCCAUUGGCAUUGAAUUUCAGCGGAGAUAUGCAACGAUUGUUCUGGAGCUGGAGCAACUCAACAAAGACCUCAACAAAGUUUUGCACAAAGUUCAACAAUACUGCUAUGAGCUUGCUCCAGACCAGGGCCUGCAGCCUGCAGACCAGCCCACAGACAUGAGACGGAGGUGUGAGGAGGAAGCACAGGAGAUUGUCCGGCAUGCCAACUCCUCCACUGGACAGCCCUGUGUUGAGAACGAAAAUCUGACAGAUUUAAUCUCCAGGCUUACCGCUAUUUUAUUACAAAUUAAGUGUCUGGCAGAAGGAGGAGACCUGAAUUCCUUCGAGUUCAAAUCACUUACAGAUUCAUUAAAUGAUAUCAAGAGUACGAUAGAUGCUUCUAAUAUCAGUUGCUUUCAGAAUAAUGUGGAAAUCCAUGUUGCCCACAUUCAGAGUGGCCUGAGCCAGAUGGGAAACCUGCAUGCCUUUGCAGCCAAUGACACCAACAGGGACUGAGCCGACUUCAUGGCUCCAGCAGCAUAAGACGCUGUUCUUCCUUCACACAGGCUUCCAACACCAAAUAACCCAAGUGCUGGGAAACAGAUAAGGCAUUUAACAUACUGUACUGCUUCUUAAACCAGCGUUGCUGACCAGCAUUCUAUUUAUUUUCCUUUUAUUACUCGGCUGCAGUAGCAUUGCUUACGUUACAUGUUUAUUAGCAAGUAUUUUUAAACUGAACAUGUCUGAACGUAAUACACUUUCAUGGAAGAGUGUGCUGACCCUUUUCUGAACGUGCAUGAAUUCAGGCCGACAGGCGCAGAUAGCAGCUUCAGGGGAGAACACCCAGAAACACGGUCUUGCAUGUCUGUGGCACGAUGUGGAAGCUCUGGCCAGAUGACAGCUCAGGCUCCCUCAGCUCAUCACCCUCUGUCUUUGAAAGAGGUCACCCUCGAGAGAUGGCACGUCCACCCUUGGAGGAAGCCACUGGAAUAUAGCUGGGAAGUAUGGACUUAAGUAUAUGUGAUGGGUACUUGCGGUAUGACAUGGUUCUAGAGAUCAUUUUAUAAUAAUAAAUAUUUUAAUUUAUCAUAAUUUAUAAAAGAAACCUUUGUUGUUUGUCUUUUGAAAGAAAAUGAAGGAGCAGGAAAAAAAUGACUUGCAAAAUGCUAAAUUUCAGCAAGUGGAUUUGGCAUGACUUUCCCGUCAAUUCAGGGCAAAAAGUGCUAUUGUUAUGAGAUUUAUUUAAAAGACUGAUAACACACUAUUUUCAUAUUUUGUUUAUUUGCACAACUUUUGAACCAGAUGACUGGUUAAAAUCCAACCAUACACAAUUUAUAAAGUCAAAAGAUUUUAUAAGGAAAACAAAUAUAAUAACCAGUGCUGUGAAAUGCAGAAAAAAAAGGUUUGUAUUUGGUUGUGGGGUUUUUUUGUUGUUUUUGGUUUUUUAAAGGAAAAACCCUGCCUAAAAUGUUAAUCUUGUAAAAAGUGUGUAUUUGGAAUUUUCUUUGUUUUAAUAUAGAAUAUUAUAAAGUCAAACUAUAAUAAAAUUGUUUUCAGAUUUGGAGUUUAAGAUAUAGCUGUAGAAGUGGCUUUGAUUCUUUUAGAUGUCUCAUAAGAUGGGACUUUUUAUAUGUUAAUGUAUAAUAAAACUAAAACAAGAUUAUUUUCCAUUUGAAAUUUUUGUAUAGUUUAAAAAUGCUUCCAUAUUCUUUGUUGGUAUGGUGCCACUGCAGAACUUUAGUGCAGAGUUUAUAUUUAGCUAAAUUGUUAUGUUAAUUAAGAAAUGCAUAAAUCCUUUAUUCUUAAUAUUUGUAAUUCUAAAUAAAUUGAUCUAUGAAAAGUAA